AUGCCUCAAGCUACUCUUCUUUCCUAUUUCUCGAAAUCGGUGACCCCAGCCCCUUCCAUCCCGCCAACUGCCAGAGAGACAGAUGCUAUUACGACCGACCAUCAUGGGUGUCUGCGUGUCUCUGAAAGCCGUGGGUUGGGGAUCAUCGAAGCAGCACGAAAACAGGCGUCUCAGAAAACGACCAAACCAACUGUUUGCAAUCUAAACGCGGAAGAAGGCCAAGUCGAAAGCAGGAGAUCUGAUGAUGUCUCCCAAGAGCCCAAACGGGUGAGGUUGGAAGCCGAGGAUCUAUCAAGGGACCGCCUACAGCAUUUUGAUGGCGCUUCUAUUCCUCAUCUCCCUGAAGCCCUUGUUGCACCAAUUGCAGAACAGCACAUUGCGGGAAUUCGGCGUCUUACAGCUACAAUCCUCCCUGUCCGGUAUGGCGAUGCGUUCUUUACCAACACAGUGACUGAUCCAAUGGUCAACCAACUAUCUCGCGUCGUCCUAUACGCGUCACAGCCUGUUGGCUGGAUCCGCUGCCGCUUAGAGCCAUGCUCGCCAAAUCAUUAUCUCAUCACGCAGCCACACCCUCCACCUUCUCAGAUUUAUAUCCAAGCCCUAGCUCUCCUCUCGCCCUACCGUGGUCUCGGCCUCGCAACGCUCCUGCUGGACACAAUCUUAUCCUCGGCUAUUGCUCAAGCUGCGGACACAGUGUGCGUAUACGCACAUGUGUGGGAGCAGAACGAGGACGCGCUGGAGUGGUAUGCCAAACGCGGCUUCAAGCGCGUCAUGCUUGUUGAGCAAUAUUACAGAAGGCUGCGACCGAGCGGUGCUUGGAUUGUUAGGAGAGACCUGGAGAGAACCUGA